AUGUCGCUGGUUGCUUACGCCAGCAGCGAUGAAAGUGAGCCGGAUGAAGCUGAGCCGGAGGAGGAGGAGGCGGCGGCCCCGACAUCUGGGCCUACUUUAGGGGGCUUGUUCGCUUCCCUCCCCGCACCCAAGGGUCCGGCCCUGCUGCCUCCGCCCCCUCAGAUGCUGGCCCCAGCCUUCCCUCCUCCGCUGCUGCUGCCCCCACCCAGCGGGGACCCCCGGCUCCAGCCUCCUCCCCCCCUGCCCUUCGGCCUGGGAGGCUUCCCGCCACCUCCAGGCGUGAGCCCGGCUGAAGCUGCGGGGGUUGGGGAGGGUCUGGGGUUGGGGCUGCCCUCGGCCCUGGGCCCUGGCCUCAGCCUGCCCCCCCCUAUCGGCGGUGCCGGGCCCCCCCUGGGGCUUCCCAAGCCAAAGAAGAGGACGAGGACGGAGCCCGUGAAGAUUGCGGCGCCGGAGCUGCAUAAGGGGGAUUCAGAUUCCGAGGAAGAUGAACCCACAAAGAAGAAAACUGUCCUUCAGGGAUCUGGCCAGGGGACCGGUUUGUCUGCCUUGCUUCCCCAACCUAAAAACCUGACUGUGAAAGAGACUAACAGGUUGCUCCUGCCCCAUGCCUUCUCUCGGAAACCCUCGGAUGGCUCCUCUGACACUAAGCCCUCCAGACAGGCUUCUAAGACCAAGCCCUCCUCUCUUGCCCCUGUUGUGGGCACCACAACCACCACGCCAUCGCCCUCCGCCAUCAAGGCUGCUGCCAAGAGUGCCGCCCUGCAGGUGACGAAGCAGAUCACACAGGAGGAGGACGACAGUGAUGAGGAAGUGGCCCCCGAGAACUUUUUCUCCCUCCCUGACAAGGCUGAGCCGCCUGGAGUUGAGCCAUACCCUUACCCCCUUCCCUCUGUCCCUGAAGAGCUGCCUCCCGGCACGGAGCCAGAGCCCGCCUUCCAGGAUGACGCAGCCAAUGCGCCCCUCGAAUUCAAGAUGGCAGCAGGCUCCAGUGGGGCCCCUUGGAUGCCCAAGCCUGGGGACGACUACAGCUACUGUCAGUUCUCCGCAUAUGGCGAUGCCAAUGCCGCUGGUGCUUAUUAUCAGGAUUAUUACAGUGGUGGCUACUAUCCUGUACAGGACCCGACCCUGGUACCCCCCCAGGAAAUUGCUUCAGAUGCCUCCUUUAUCGAUGAUGAAGCAUUUAAGCGGCUGCAGGGCAAGAGGAACCGCGGGAGGGAGGAGAUCAACUUUGUGGAGAUCAAAGGUGAUGACCAGCUCAGUGGGGCCCAGCAGUGGAUGACCAAGUCAUUGACAGAAGAGAAAUCCAUGAAGUCAUUCAGCAAAAAGAAAGGUGAGCAGCCAACAGGCCAGCAGCGGCGGAAACACCAGAUCACGUAUCUGAUUCAUCAGGCUAAGGAGCGAGAGCUGGAGCUGAAGAACACUUGGUCCGAGAACAAGCUCAGCCGCCGGCAAACCCAAGCCAAGUACGGGUUCUAG